AUGCGCGUACGUACCAUUAUCCCAACCGUAUUCGGCAUUGCCGCCGCGGCACAGUCGAUCGCAACAUCGAUAGCAUCAGCAGCCUCCGCAGCCUCAACCUCCAAUGUGACAACCAUAAAUACAGCAAAUUCUGUUGAUGGCGCAUUCAAUGCUACAGUCUGGGCUCUGAUAUACUCAUAUCCUCUAUUCAUCUUCGGCAACUUUGCCGGCAAUGUCCUCAAGAGUGUUGGCGUCAAUACCAUAUUCAACCAGCGCAAUCUUGCAUCCGUCGACAGCCCGGGAGUCAUCAAGCCUAAUAUCGAUACUUUGUACUCUCGAGUUGUUCUGGACCUUUCGCAAAAGGAUGUUGUGUUGACCAUUCCCAACAUCACUGAUGGACGUUACUGGAAUUAUCCGGUCAUUGACUCAUUCGGUAAUAUCAUUGCCGAGCUUGGGAAUUUGAACAACGUUUUGCCUGGACAGUACCUCAUCCGUCGCGCCGACGAUGUUCUUGCCGAACCUGGAGUGGUACUGGCAAAGGAUGGCGGUGAUGUUGUAUCUCCAUACCAAGGAUAUGUCAAUCUGCCAACCACCUACGGCACCAUGCUCAUCCGUCUAUUUGUCAAGCAAAACACAACCGAGGAUCUUAAUAUCUUGCACGGAUACCAGAAUGCAUCUUCUCUUGUCGAAGUUCCUCGGUCGGUCACCCGCGCCGCUAGUCCUACUGGCAACAUCACAUCACUAGGACCUAAUGGCAGUCUCCUCGGCAUCUCUACCCUAGAAAAGCUGCUCCAAUUCGCAGCCAGCUUCACACCUUACAAUCAGCCCGAAAACUACACUGAUCGCGUAAUGGUAGCGGGCAUUCUAGGUGCAGCAGGCGUCUACGAUGAAGCUUACCAUCCCUCGUCGUCCGUAAACUUGACUCAAGCCGCCGUUGUCGCAAACGCCUCAAUCACAGCCGACAUCAACAAUCCCUCACACAUCCGCAAUUUCACCAAUGGCUGGGAACUGUCCAUUCCUUCUUAUCAAGGCAACUACGGCCAAAACUACGCUCCGCGCGCUUACAUUGCCAUAAACGGAUACCAGCAACAAACAAUUCUCCAAACCCUCUAUCCCGGUUACAAAAACAUUGGCUUCUCGUCCAACUUUGCACUCGAAGCCAAUCAAUCUCUUCUCCUGACUUUUAGUAAAAAGCCAGUUCUCAAACCCAGUGGAUUCUGGUCACUGUCCAUUUAUGGCGCCGAUCAAUAUCUGAUCAAGAAUUCGCUGUCGCGCUUUUCGGGUACUGGCGAGAAAGUAAAUGGUAAUGGUACUGCAUAUGAUGGGCCUUUCCAGGUGUUGAUCCAGAAUGCGAAUGUUACUCCCCCGGCUAAUUGGACUGGGAAUUGGUUGCCUGGCGCUCAGGCUUUUUCGUUUAUCGUGAGAUGGUAUGCCCCCGAGGAUGCGAUGACGAAUGGAUCGUAUAUCUAUCCGUUGAUCGAGACGAUUCAGCAGAUUCGAUAG